AAAAACACUGCUAGGCCUAGUCUAGGCAUGUCUCCAUGAAUGAAUUUAGUUAUGUAUUGUUACUUUAAAAUUGAUGGGAGUGGUAUGAUCUCUACUGUUAGAACUUCUUACAAUUCUAUCUGCAGUUGAAUACACGUUAUAAUUGUAAUUGAAUGAACUAUUUUUACCUAACAAGUGUCAUUGGUUUGGCGAUCGAGAAUGAUGAAAGUGGUUCAAAACGUCAAGCACAAUCCUACAACUUGCAUCUGAAACCUGUUCCAGGAGGCGUGAAAGGUAAUUAGAAUAUGUAUAAAAAAAAUUCAUUAAUUUAUUAGCGAUUCCCAGCAGCCUUUCGCGCUCGUACUCGACUUUUCCGCCGGCUUUGCUCUGGGGACAACCUUAAUUGAAAUAGCUGUAUAUACAUGCAUAAUUCUCUGGGUUUGCACUUUGCAAUCAAUAUAUCGGCAAGAACACGUAGAGCAAUUUACAAAUUAGCGACAUGAUGUUGGUAUGCAAAAUGCUUUCUGUCAAGAAAAUAGUCAUUCGUCUAUGUUUAGGUUGUGAGGCUAAAGGCCGAGACAUAAAGAAGCAAUUUGAGAACGCUGCGCAAUUUGUUGAUUUUAACUGGCUGAUAACUUUGCGGGAGGGGAGACUGCCCCCCUCCAACCCCCCCCCCACAACUUUUACAAAUUAGAAUAUUCAUAACUACAUCCUAUAGAAUAAAAAACAUGUACUUCUAAAGGGCAUAUGAUUCGGAAAUUAACGUCGUUAUUUUUUAGUCUCAUUUGAAAGAUCAUUGAAAACUGUAGAGUAACUUCUUUGACAGAUUUUUGCUUUCUUACUUCGUUUUGGAGAUAUUUAAUUUUGUAUGAUAUGCAAAGGAUCAACUUUCUACGACACACAUGAAUAAUGACUUACUUUAAAAUGUUGUAUAAUUUUGUCACAAUCAAAUAAAUUCGCUCAAAAUGAAUGACGAGCGCAAGAUUUGUCCACAACAACACCCAUGUAGGUUUUCUACUGAUUGUGUUUAGUCGUAUUAAAGAUAUACAGCUUUUAAGGAUAAAUCAUUAUGGGUAUGUGACGUAGAAAGUUGGUCCUUUGCAUAUCAUACAAAAUGAAAUAUCUUCAAAACGAAGCAAGAAAACAAAAAUCUAUCGAAGAAGUUACUCUAAACAGUUUUCAAUGAUCUUUCAAAUUAGACUAAAAAAUAAUAACGUCAAUUUUCGAGUCAUAUAUGCUCCUUAAUACUAAAGAUAACUACGUGGUCAAAACUACUCAAAAGACUGAAAAUUGUAUUGUCUUCCUGAAGCACCAGCAAAAAGUUCAAAAAAAUUACGAGAGUGUACAGUCAGUUCAACUUAGUUUUGACACAAAGAAAAAGGGGAGGAGUUCACUACCUCAUACAGUACCUUUAGCCGUUUCCUAUUAUAUAGUAUUAUUUUCAGCAAAGAGUUGUUUGGACCACUACAAGUCAGGAAAGAGAUACAGUGACAUUUACCAAAUCAAUCCUGAUGGUAAAGGCAGCUUCGCUGUAAUGUGUGAUAUGAUUGGAAAAGGAUGGACCGUGUUUCAACAUCGCUAUGAUGGAUUCCUUGACUUCUACCGUAAAUGGAAAGAUUACAAGAAAGGAUUUGGUAGUUUGCUUGGCGAAUUCUGGCUUGGAUUGGAACAGCUUCAUCGCAUUACAACCAGUCGGCGAUAUAAACUUCGAAUCGACCUGGAAGAUUUCAAAGGAAAUAAGAGAUAUGCCGAAUACCGUUCCUUUCAUGUUGGAAGCGAACAUGAUGGGUUUCGGUUGAGUAUUGGUGCGUAUUCAGGUAAAUAUUCCUGAUCAAACUAUAUUUGGAAUAAUAUAAAUAUAUAAAAAAGGAACAAUGUUAAAAUAUAUGGAUCAAUUAAAUUCUAGUAAGAAAUGACAAGAAAAAUUGUAGGAUAUACUUCAUGCCAAAAAAUCGCACAUCGUGUCAGCAAAAGAAUAUAUACUCCAAAAAUUGUAAACAUUUUCAUUCUUUGCGUUUCGACUAUAUAAAAACUAUUAACUAUAAGUAGUUUGAAAAGAAAGUAUUUAGAAAAUGGCACGUAUCUUAAUGUGUCAGCAAAAUGUGUUCGCAACUGUAAACUGGCUUGUGGCCAGCUUGUAGCCUUGUAAACCAUUUCUAACAAUGUUGCCGUUUCAUCAAGUUUCUACAAGGCUGAAAUGUUUUAGACAACUCCCUUGCUAUGAACGACUCCCCCUCCCCCUCCCCCUCCUCCAGAAAAGUAUGAAAGUUUAUCAUCUCUGACAAUAUACAGGAUACGUUGAGAAGCCAACGUAAUUUGGUCUACGAUUGUUAAAUUUUAUUGAUUAUACCUAUAAACCAGAUUACCAAUCGAAAACAUUGAUAUUGAUAUUGUAACUGACUAGAUGGACUUAAUCUUCAGGUAACGCUGGUGAUUCAUUGAGCUAUCAUAAUGGUGCGCAGUUUACAACGAAAGAUGCUGACCACGACCGCAGCUAUUGGGCAAAUUGUGCCCAGUCUUUUCAUGGCGCAUGGUGGUACAACCGUUGCCAUAAUUCCAAUUUAAAUGGUUUCUAUUAUCGCGGUGGAAAACAUUCCUCUUAUGCUGAUGGUAUAAAUUGGUAUCACUGGAAGGGUUACCAAUACUCCAUGAAAACAGUCACGAUGAAAAUAAAAGAAGUCUGAAGUUUCAUGAAAAAUUUUAACAUUGAUUUCAAAUGAUCUAGUUUUCGUUAAGCUUGUAGGCAAGCAUAAUGUGGACAAUGAAUUGUGUAAUUAAUAGAAAAUAAAUUUCAUUCCUGAAAACAUA